AUGUCCAUACCAAACGCCGCACACGGCGGCAACGACCACAUUGCAACAGAGACGGUGCAGACCGGCUCCGCAUUCAAGGAGAUGCCGUCGUCGCAUCCCUCCUCGCCCGAUGCGGAAGAUGUCGAAAAGACCCGCUCGACCGCACCCUCGACCGACUCAAAUGAACCGCCCGAAGAGCUCAGGAGAGCGCUCAAGACUCGCCACAUGGUCAUGAUCUCGAUCGGAGGCAUUAUCGGACCCGGUCUUCUAGUCGGAUCGGGCUCGGCACUCGCCAAUGCCGGCCCGGUUGGCGCGCUCAUUGCAUUCGCCGUUACGGGUGCCAUCGUCUAUUUCGUUCUGCAAGCGCUCGGAGAGAUGGCAACGCUCUUUGCCAUCCGCGGCUCCUUCGUCGAAUACGCUGGCCGCUGGGUCGAUCCCGCGCUCGGUUUCGUCGCCGGCUGGAUCUACUGGGAGCUCUGGAUCUCGGUGCUCUCCAACGAGUACAAUGCCGUCGCCAUCGUCAUCCGCUACUGGGACGGAGCACGCGUCGUCCCCACCGGCGCAUGGAUAGCCAUCUUCUGGGUUCUCUUCAUGGGUCUCUCCAUGCUCGGCGUCCUGGCAUACGGCGAGGUCGAGUUCAUCCUCGCCACCAUCAAGGUUAUCGGCAUCGUCAUCUUCUUCAUCCUCAGCAUCGUCAUCAACGUCGGUGGCGCAGGCGGCGACCAGGGCUACAUCGGCUUCCGUUACUUUAGGGACCCCGGCCCUUUCAAUGGCACGGGUAUCGACGCCCUCAACGGUAUUGCCAAGAUUCUCGUCGUUUCCGCCACCCUCUACGCCGGUGUCGAGAGUGUCAGCAUCGCCGCAGCCGAGGCCAAGAAUCCCGCCCGAGCCGUGCCACUGGCUAUUCGCUCCGUCUUUUACCGAAUCUUGGUGCUGUACCUCGGAACGAUCUUCUUCAUCUCGCUUAACGUGCCUUCCAAUGACACGCAGCUCGUCAGCGCCAAGAGCAAGGCCGCCGCCUCCCCGCUCACCAUUGCGCUCAAGAACGGCGGCAUCGGAGCGGCCGCGAGCUUGAUCAACGCGCUCAUCAUCCUCUCGGUCAUCUCGGCGGGCAACUCUUCGCUCUACAUUGCCUCGCGUACCUUGCAGUCGCUCGGUGCUACUGGCAGGGCACCCAAGAUCUUCGGAUGGACCACACCCAAGGGCAAGGUUCCCAUCCCUGCGCUCGUGCUCUCCAACCUUGUCGCGCUCAUUUCGCUGCUCUCGAUCAACGCCGGCGCUUCGACCGUGUUCUCGUACAUCAUCAACAUCUCCGGUGUCAGCACGUUCAUCAUCUUUGCCAUCAUCUGCCUUUGCCACAUCCGCUUCCGUGCCGCAUGGCAGCGUCAGGGACGCUCGCUCGACGAGCUUCCCUUCCGUGCAUGGCUCGCGCCCUACGGAACUUGGGUCACGUUCGUGCUCAACAUCGUUCUUAUGUUCUUCCAGGGUUACACCACCUUCCUCAACCCAAGAAAGGCCGCCGACAUCAUCGUCGCCUACAUCGUCAUCCCCGUCGCCGUCAUCCUAUACUUUGGCUGGAAGAUCAUCCACAGGACUCGAAUUGUUGCCCUGGACGACAUCGAUCUUGACUCGGGCCGUCGCCUGAUCUCGGACUUUGAAGGGCCCACAGACGUGGUUGAUGGUGAUGCUCCCGCCAAGAAGCCAUGGUACAAGAACCCCAAGAAGCUCGUCAGCCGCAUUCUGGCAUGA